AUAAACCCCUCAAGACGGCCCAGGCCCCGAAGGCCGUGGCACGGCAUCUAUAUCAGUUCAAGACUGGCCACGCACAGCUGGCGGCAUACCUGCACCGAAUUGGCAGGCGCGACACCCCCCUGUGUAGGGGAUGCUCAGAGGGGGCAGAAACCGCGGCGCACCUGCUGCUCCACUUGGCCGCGACCGCGGGAGGCCAAGAUUAGCAGGCCCUCAGCGGCCGAAGAGCCCCCUGAGGCGCGCAUAUUGGCAGAUCCUAGGGCCACUAAGGCUUUACUCGCCUUCAUAGAGGCCAUUAGGGUCCCGGAGCAGCGGAAGGAGGCAGCUAGAGAGGCCCGGAGGGCCGAUUUAUAGGGGUGGGAAGCAAUAGAGGAGGAGAGGAACCCAGGGGGAAGGAUGACAGCUCUGGGUGGCCUGUCAUCGGCAGGCGACGCCCACACGUUUGGCUCCAAGGACCGAAGCCGGGGCCCCGCCAGCCUCUAUAAGGCCCCCGAAUCGCCCUGCGCAAAUAAGCGGUUUGGGGUGAGGAAUUCGUUAGUACAUCAAAACGCUGGGCACCAGUCAGGGGCAGGCAUUGGGGGGGAGCAGGGGCCUAGGCCCCUACAAGGCCCCUAUAAGGCCCCCUAGCCCACUGAAACGAGACCUUCAUAGCUUAUAGCUGG